UGUAUCGUCCUAUUUUCAUCAUUCGGUAUUCAGUUUGAGGUAUGUGGCUGUCGCAAUUAACGUUUAUAUCACAAAACAGUUAAUGCGUGCAAGAUAAGAUUUUACCCGCACCCGGCUACCCCAGACGAUUAUCCAGGUCCAGGGUUGCUCCGUACACCUACAUCAAAAAUAUCGUAAUUAGUUGUUGCUCACUUGCAGACCAGAAAGGUUAAGUGCUCCCAGUGAUACAGUUGUCUCUUUCAGCACUAACAAUGCCCACAAGAAAGAAGGUUCAUAUAUCUGAUAAAAUUCGUCACUUAUCUGACAUAAACAUACAUUAAAAAUACUUUGUAAAUGAUCGACUGAGUUUUAAAAAUGAAUUUAAGCUGGUUUGCUAAUAUUCUCGUUCAUCAUCCAUUUAUUAUUUUGUCAGCUGUUGCAGUAUUUUCAGGAACAUGCAUUGUCAUACCAUUUACUUUGAAAUCCAUGUCAUUUCCGAAUUUUCAGGACCCUCAAAUGGGGUUUUCAACAAGAGGCACAACUAUUUCAAACCGUUUGACCGCUUGGGCGAAUUUAGUUAAAUCCACGAGACCUUCUGGCGAACUUGCAACAAAUCCGAAAGAAUUUUUAGAAAAUCGAAAUAGAAAUUAUUCUUUAUCGUCCUACAGGCCUCCAAGAAAAAAGGGAAAGCGAAAAAAAUUCAAAAGUGGGCCUAUAUACGGAAAUGUUUUCAUAAACGAAACUAGAAAUACAACCGAAACUAGAAUUGAUGUGGAUAGGUGGAACGCUGUAAAAAUGUUAACUCCCGAUCCCAGUAAAAAUAUUAAUGGGAAAUCGACAGACAAAUUUUUCUGUGGCAGUCCAGAUGAAAGAUAUGCUCACUUAGUUGUAUCAUCCCACAAUAAAAAAGACUUGUUUACCAUAAGUAAUAUGCUAGCAAUGUGUCGAUUAGAACACGAAUUUAUCGGGUUAAAAUAUUAUGAAGACCUGUGCAUCCAAAACACGAAAUUCAAAAGAAAAUGCUGCAAGCCGUGGUCUUUGCCUAACUACAUUGCGAUUUUAAAUAAUCGGUCUUCGUGUUUGGCCAUAACGGAGGAAGAUAUAAUCACGACAAAAAAUAUACUGAUAAAUUGUUCUCCUUUCUUCCACAAUUUGGAACUGAGUCCUGAUUGUCUAAAGAGGACGCCGUAUUGUGGAGUUCCAAUCGAAUGUAUCCGACAUGACGCUGUUUUUAAUAUCUUAAAUUUCCUGGCAAGCACUUCUUUUUUACCUCCAAACAAUACCGAACAAGGAACUGAGUUGACAGAGGCAAUGAUAUUUUUGCCUUUGGCCUGUAGCACAGCCAUUUUACCGUACUAUCACGAGUUGGAAAAACUAAAUUUGGAGUACGAUGGUGUAAAAGUGGUUGCGAUGGAUUUUGGCAUAAAGAGCGCACUGUUCGACGAGUGCCUAAUCCGAGACACCUGGUUGAUGGGUACUGGAGCCCUUUUUGUAUUCAUAUGCAUGUGGCUCUAUACCCAGUCAUUGUUCCUUACCAUCAUGACAAUAAUCGUGAUUAUAUUUUCUUUGGCUAUUUCCUAUUUUAUGUAUUUUCUUGUAUUUGAGAUCAAAUUUUUUCCUUUUAUGAAUCUGUUGGCCACCAUUGUCGCAAUAGGUAUUGGCUCUGACGAUGCCUUUAUAUUCUGUAAGAUAUGGCAUAUCCAAAAACAGGACCAGGGAAGUUCAUUAUUUAAAAUUAUGACCGACACAUUUCAACACGCAUUUAUUACAAUGUUUGUGACUGCUCUGACAACAUCAGUAGCAUUUCUGGGAUCUUAUAUCAGUUCUGUGACAGCAAUUAGUUGUUUCAGCAUUUUUGCAGGGACUGCGGUUAUCGCAAAUUAUUUUUUAAUGAUGACGUGGUUCCCUGCAUGUAUGGUAAUAUGGGAGCGUUCGUGUUUUUCCAAUUCGGCGUUACUUCGAACUUGCCUAAUGGUGUGCUUCCAAAGAUGGUGUUGCUUCAAACCACAAUGGAAUUUGUCGACCACCUGGUUUCAAUGUUCAACAUUAAAUAAGAUUUGGAGAGCUAAAGAAGAAUGUCUGCUCAAUUUCGUUGUUAGGCUCAAAUAUUUUUGGUUUGCACUGCUGAUUGCUAUGGCUCUUAUUAGUGGGGUCAUAGUAUUUUUCUACCCCAAACUUCAGUUGCCAAAUACGGUGGAAUUUCAAUUGUUCGCUACUUCUCAUCCCUUCGAACAGUACGAUUUUGUCUACAAGAACCAUUUCUGGUUUAGGAAUGCGGAAAGAGGGAUGGAAGAAACAAACUACAAACUGCCUCUAAGAUUCGUGUGGGGAGUGCUUCCAGUGGACAAUGGAGAUCACUUGGAUCCUUCGAACCUGGGGACUCUUACGUUAGACCCCAAAUUCGACAUGUCUAACCCUGAGUCACAGGAAUGGUUAAAGAACUUCUGUCAAAAGCUACGGCAACAGCCAUUCUACCAUUCGAUGAUGGGACCUUUACUUCCAAAUUGUUUCGUUGAGACAUUCAUGAAAUCAAUGAAAAGGAAAUGCUAUGAUCCUAUCGAGGACAAGAAUCGAUCGCCGUGUUGCGAAACUUCAAAGUUCCCGUUUAACAGGAGUAUAUUCGACAAAUGCAUUAUAGAAGAGAUGGCUGAAAUAUAUGGAACCCCUAUAGAUUUUCUAAAUCCAGGAAUGGCUGGUCCCAAGUUCUCCAAAGACCAAUAUCCGACAAUAAAAGCUGUUAUUGUAGAAUACGAUAGUAACUAUAGUUAUUCAAUGUCUUAUGAGCAAAUGCAUGAAUUCUAUACAAAAGUAGAAGGCUGGAUGAACGAGGAGCUUAAAACUGCACCGGACGCCAUGAAAAAUGGCUGGUUUAUCAGUGAGUUGGAAUUCUACGAUCUGCAGAGGGAACUAAGUGAAAGUACACAAAUUGCAGUUGCGAUGUCAAUGGGUCUAGCCUUAAUAGUAUUAUUUUUGUCUACACUAAAUAUAUUAACGAGUUUAUAUGCAAUUAUAACUAUAACUAGCAGUAUUUUUGUAACGAUGGCAGUAUUAGUUUUGUUAGGGUGGAAAUUGAAUAUUCUCGAAUCUAUAGCAGUCUCGACGGCUAUAGGUCUCACUGUUGACUUUAGUUUACAUUACUCUGUAAACUACCGCAUGUGUCCAGAAUCGUUAGCUGUAAACAGAGAAGCCGCCGCCAGACACGCCCUGUCUUACAUGGCAGGUCCAGCCCUUAUGGCAGCUAUAACAACGGGCGCGGCAGGAGCAUUUAUGAUGCCUUCUCUAAUCCUUCCCUAUAUACAAAUUGGAGUGUUUUUAGUCAUUGUAAUGUGCAUAAGCUGGUUGUACGCCACCUUUUUAUUGGGAUCAUUGCUGGCAAUAGCCGGCCCCGAUAAAAGCUGUGGGCAAUUUACGUAUUCAAAAUUAACUUGUUGUAUCAUUAAAUCCAAGCGAGUGAGGGAAAGGCCUCAACCGCCGCCAUCCAGUAUACCGGAUAGCCACGAGUUAGAAUCGCUAACAUAUUCAAAGCGAGAACGACAAACCCCUAAACCGCUAAGGCGUUCGUUGAGCUCUGGAGGAGCACGUUUCACCCCAAGUAAAUAUGUGUUUACUGACCAGUCCCCUUCAGCAACCAGUGCUAUAACUAUCAUAAUGCCAGAUGACAAUUAAAUGUAACCUAUUAGGACUAAAUGUUCUGUGAUAUAUUUUUUAUUUUUAAUUUAUUUAUUAUUAUCAAUGUAAAUGCCAUUUUUACCCUAUCAUACCUGUUCAAAUGGCAUUUCGAAAAAUAUAUAGGUGAUAUUUAAGAAUGCUGUUUUAUUUAAAAAUACAUGGCUAGAAAGGCCUGGCUCAAGGUAUAUAUCAAAGUACAAAAGGAUGUUAGAAUGUAUAAAUGUCUAGGUCAUUUAAAGAAGUAAUAAUAUUGUUAGGUGUAUAAUAUUUUGAUGUACUGUACUGUACCGUUUUUUAGAAAAUGUUAAAUAGAUAACAAACGUUAAACAAGCCUACCUACUUUCUAUUCCAUCUUUCCCAAGUCAAACAAUCCAAAUUUCCAAUCUCUCUAUUGGAGAACCCUUGUAUAACACAAGAAUUUGUAUUGUGUGGAAUUUUGUCAUAUUGUGCAUAUCAUAAAGCAGGCGUCCCCAGCUCAUAUGACACACAUAUGAGUACCUUUUGCUUUUAAUGUUCACAAACUAUUUGUUCUAUGUAAAAAUGUUGAGGACCCCUGCCACAUAACUGGUACUUAUUUGUGUUCAAAAAAAAAGUAAAAAAAAGAAACUUGUCAAAAACUUGUAUCAUUUAUAAAUGCAUAACAUUAAUUGUAAAAUAAAGGAAAUAAAAUGCUA